GCACGCUUAAAGCAAUACAGCAGACCAAAAUUAAAAAAAAAAAAAGGUAAAAAGGUUGAGGACGUUUAGAUAGAGAUUUCAGUUCUUUUCAUUGCUUUCUUAGGAUUAAUGUUUUCUAUCUCGCACUUCCAGAUGGGUAGUGUAGAAUACAUUUAUAAAUGGGUGUGCUUGUCCGUGGAUAACACUGAGGGUACAGAUGGGAAACGUGAAGAAACUGGGCAGAUUUUAAACGCUCCAUUCUCUUUGGCGGAAGAUCAAUAGUUGAAGAUUCCUGCUUGCACAGUCUGUACCUUAACAAUAUUAUCAUUGAGACAUCUGCUGAUAAUGUAUGGUAUUGAUAGCCAUUGCAACUUCAGUUUAAUGAAUUUUGCAGUUAAUUUAGACUAGUGUAAAGGAGCUCCGGGUAUUCUGGAUAAAUUGAUAACUAGGCAUGAUUAUUAAACUUUGCGAUUAGCUUGUGAUGAAGUGAACUCUCAGUUUUUCUAAAGUAGAUAUUUAAAAUGCAAGGCUAUAUUUUAAAAGUGUAUAUUCUGAAAUCUGACUACCAAAAAAUCAUGCAUCUUCUGAAAAGACCAGUUAUGGAGUCAUUGAAAAAGGCAAUCUGUGUUGCACCUACAUGUAACGAACAGUUUCGUGAUGCCAGACACUGUAAAUUCUCUGGUAUUGUACUACAAAAAUGGGAGGGAGACUGAUUUCUAUUUGCAUAUGGAUUUUUUUGAAAUUAUUAAAUGUAGUAGUUUUCCCUUGUAUGAUACGUAUGUGAACUGAUUAAUAUUCCUUACUGCCCAUAAAAUUUCAAUGGUAUGUUUAAACAGUUUUAGCUUGGCUCUCGGGGUUUGUUUCAUUGUCUCAAGCUAUCCGAGACAUAAAUCUUUAAAAUUUCUUGCUUGUACAUUAUCCCAUCUAUAUCUUUUUUUCUCUUCCUGAUCUCCUGUGGUAUAAUUCAAAGCAAGGUAACUGCAGAGAAUACCUGUAUAUGUUCGUGUGGAGUAAAAUGCCCAUUUUAAAGAUACACAAAUGUUCUUGGUGGACAGGAGCCAUCCCCUCAUGCCCUAUAUGAAAACCUUCUGGGCUGCUGUUAACAAGAGACUUGCUUUGGUGUUAGUUUGUGAUGCCAAACAACAAACAUUAGAGAGUGCAAAGAUAAAGCUGGUGCUCUGAUCUUUGUUUAAACAGGUCAUGGUUUUUAUUUAAUGCUGCAUGCUCAUUAUGGGAACUGUCAGCAGGAAUGUAAAGCAGACUGGAGUUCUGAUCUGGCAUACAUUCAUAGAUGACUCUGAUGUUUCUUCUUCUUCACUUAGUGGUUCAUAGAAUGUAGUGUAGUUUGUGAUCAUAUUUAUUUAAUUGAAUGCACUAUAUGAAAUCAGAAAAAAACCUCUAGAUUAAUGUCCUGCUAGGAACCAAACAUGUUCAGAUCUCCUGCCUUAGGUGCAGUCCUCUUGACCUGAAGAGUUACAAAGAAGUGGACUUUUCUAUUUAGUAGAACAAGUAAGAGUGUAUAAAGAGAUCAUUGGUUUUUAAGUCAGCUUGAGUUCUGCCACUGAAUUACAAGGACGGACACUCAGAUCCCCUGAAACCAGGUAACUGCUUAGUCAAUUACCAGUCAUUUUCUUUUUUUUUUCAGACGUAUGGAAACAAUAUCAAAUAGUAAUUAGAAAGUGCAUUCAUAAUUGAGAAUUUUAAUGCUUUUCAUCCAUGAGAACAGUUUUCGUCUCGGUUAAUAAACAUAAUAAAAAUAAUUCAGUGCAGUCCAUCUGAUCCUUGCUGAAUCUUGUUUUGAACAAUUCAUAUGGGAUGUGCAAGGUAAGCUGAAGGAAGAGCCUUUUCACAUGUUCAGUUACCUGAAGCAGUAUUAGAAUAUUGCAACAUACAGUAUGAGCUUUCAAAAUAAGACUCAGUGUAGCACUGGGAACUUAAAUUUGGGUGUUCUGGAUCAUACAUUGGUUGGGAUUCUGUGGUCAUUUUCCAUAGGUCAAUUUCAUCUGUCUGAGAGCAAAGUUUCUAAUUAUUAUUUCUAACUUAAAACCUUCAUUUUAAAUCCUCGCUAUUCUAGGUUAUGUUUCAAAAUAUAAGCAAAGUUGGUAAUGUAAGAGAGUUCUUUAAGGUCGCUGGAUUGUUAUCCUUUAACUUCCUAUUACAAAAUCAUAUUUUCAGUCAAUGUAAUUACAAAUAAAACAGCACAUGAGAAUGUGAUGCUCAGGCAGGGUUGAAGAGUGACAGUCCGUGAUAAGAUCCAUUGCAAAAAGUGGUAGAGCUGUUGCAGUACUGGCUGUUCCUCUGCUUCUGCAGUAACCACCUCUGGAGGUAAAGCAGUUAAUUCCUGGGCACUGCUCACUGCUUGACCUCAUUGAAACUGUCAACAAGUAUGGCAGUUUUGCCGUGCUUUGACAAGGCAGUGGGAAUUAUAUUAGGAUCAACAAUUAGCUAUCAUGGUAUAUAUGAGGCAACUUGCAGUCAUAACUGAUUUGGGAUUCAUUGUAGUAACCUAAACACAAAAUGCUUAGCAUCUUCCAUUCAGUCACAAUUUAAAAUGCUAUGAUUUACUACAGGAGUAAAGGUUGCAUUCAUAAUAUCAUUUAAAUAUGCUGUAUUCUGUGUCAGACUAGUAUCAGUGUAGUAAGGGCUUGUCUUUACUGAUUGAGAGGUGCAAUGCAGAAAUGCAUUUCAACUGCAAGCAUUAGCCCUCACUUUUUACAUAUAUCUAAUUUGUACAUUUCUGCUAAAACCAGGAGUGUAUCGCUUUCCUUUGCAAGCUUAUUUUUAAUGUGGUGUGUCCUCUUCACCUUUUAAAUGGGAUUCCCCUGCCAUGCAGUCAGCCCAGCUUCACUUACAGCAUCUAGGGUCUUGUCACUGAACCGAAGACUGAAGCCAGUAGAGCAGCUGCACAAAUGGCAUAUGAAGGAGGCUGACAGCUACUGAUAUUUUUGAUUGUUUUUUCCAUGUUUUCCUAAUUGGCUAUUUUGCACAAGCCUCCUUUUUUGCCUGCUCUUGGAAUUACAUCGCUGCGCUUGAUGUGCUGUGGAACUCCAGCACCCUGCACGCCACUUGAUUCCUUAUCACCUUUUCCCUCCUAUCACCGACUCUUAUCAAAUCCCAUCUUCUUCCCACUCCUGUCUUUUGUGGUGCUAGUCUUGCAUUAUUUUUUCCUAAAAGAAAAUGGAAGGAACACAGCGUGCUGCCAUUGCACCCAUAAUUCCUGUGCUAUGUUUUCCUCCCAUAUCCUUUGUUGAGUUUCUGGAGGCUGUAAUCUGGGGCAGAGACUGUUUUACUGUACGGCUUUACAAUGUCCAGGGGAUUUUGGUAAAAGUUCAAGACACCUUGCCUAAUGUAGUGGGGAUGGGGUAGAUUAGAGCUUAGCUACUGACAGAGGUUAACUGGUUUGUACCUUCAACAAGAAUGACAAUAAAUGUCAAUUUCAACGCAUAUUAGUGGAAACCUCAGAUUUGUCAACGUCAAAAAACCAUGUUGAUAAAACAGAAGGGAAAAGAAAAAAAAAUGUACAGUGUGUUCAUUUCAGAACUUGGUUAUUUUCCUCCCAGAUAUUUUUACAUUUUGAUCUCCAUUUACUUUGCAUCCCUUAAUUUUGUAGUUUUAUUUUAGCUUUUUUUUUUGGCGUCCCAUGAAAAUCUUUUCACCAGUGCAACUAAAAUUUUUCAGGUGAGCAUUUCAAGCAGCCAGUGAAUCAGCUGAUGGACGGUGCACAGUUCAGGGGCAGACUUUCUUUAUCUCAUGUGGACCACGUAGGGGGGCUCUUUGUGGACAUGACUUCAGGGCAGGAGGAGUGGUUGUUGACUGUUUUUUCCUUACAGUCCUGGAGGCAAUACCUGGAAAAAUAAAGGUAACAAGCCCAGUGACUCCCUCCCUGGACAUGAAUCAGAUGACAUGAAGGGUUUCAAUGGGAUAGAUGCAGCUAAAUGAGGGAGAAGUGGAAACACCAGAAGUAAUAUGACAGCAUAGUAAAUUUUGAAAGUUUCGUGUGUAAGAGAAAAAAAAAAAAUGUAGCUGUGAAGAAUUUGCUUGUUUAAUUUUAUAAUUUAUCUCCAGGCCUUAGUAGAAAAAGAGACACUGAUGUCAGAAGUAGUAGAACUAUAAAUAUAUUUACAUGUGAGCUGUGUUCUACAUCUCACCUUUGACAUAUGUGCUGGUACUUUGGCAUUUCAUUCAUCUUGAAUUACAGGGAUGGAUAGGCCACUUCUAUUUUGUGCUCUUGUCCUUUCAAGAGUUGUUAGCAUCGGAUUUGUUUCUGAAAUCAGAUGAGAAUAUUGGCAAUAGAAAUGAAUCCGCAGCCAAGCGGUGCUGCUGCACGAAAAGAGAAGACCCUGUCAAUUUAUUACACAAAUUCCACUGAAAUAAAUUUGGAUAAAGUGAGUGUCUCAAGGAAGUGGCUUUCACCCAGCAGGGCUUGUGCUAGGCUAGGAAAUGAGGAUGUGGCCAGUUGUCACAAAAGAGUAAAGAAAAAGAACAUUCUUCAAUUUAAAAUUAAACCAAAUUGUGUCUUAAAUAUGUUUCAGCACUUACAUAGUCAUCUUCUCAUUAAAUAAUAUUUUGAAAGAUUCAGGAGUUUAACCAGAUGACAUGCCCAAAUUGCAAACUAAAAUGUAGAAUCAAACCCCCACAACCCUAAUUUAUUUCUGUGGAAUGUCCAUUUUUUGUAAUUUCCACACAUAACUUGUAUUUUUGGCUAUUUUCCUUUAGAAUGAGUAUUCUCAUUUGGGGACUUCUAAUUUUUGCUGAAUGAAUAUAUACAAGUGGUUUACAGUAACAUAGCAGAUUAUGUAUUACUGCCAGAGACUGAGGCAAAUGUGAGAAAUUAUUUUUGUGGCUCUCAGAUAUUUAUUUAAAAUUUCCUUCCUUAGAGGUAAUUACUUAUAUAGAUUAUCUAUCUCUGCAGGUAUUUUUAGAUAAGUAAAGGUAGUAUUGAGCAAAAUAGUAUAUUUUUCAGGAAAAACAUUUGGUUUUACUUAAAAAAAGUAUCCAUUUAAAUAUUUCAUUGAAAUAUUACAAUGUUUUUAUACAUUCAGGCACUGUCGUAUGUAGGAUUACAAUAAUGCGUUUAGCCUUGACAAAUAUUCAGUAUAUUUGUGAAUUUUAGACCAGUCCAGUAUCCAGAAUAUAUUGGAUAUAUGAUAAAGCAGAAUUUUAAGGUGGAAACAAAGCAAUAUUAUUAGGUUUUGUUGAUUUUUCAAAUUGAAUGAAUGAACAGUUUAUUUGUAUGGAUGAGAAAUUGAUUCAGAAAAUGAUACUGCUAAUGAACCAAAAUAAAACUAAAUUUUCAUAAAUAGAAUAAUCAUUUACUGUAUAGUUUUGGGAACUAAGUAGGGAAAUGAGAAAAAGUAAUUAAAAAUGAUAUGAUCAUUCAAAAUAAGACUGACAAAGAAGGUUUCUAAGUGAUAACUGCUUUAAAUAAAUAGAGAAUUGGAUUUCUUAGGUAAAUGUCCCAUUUUUUAUUUUCUGAACUCUGUCUGUAUCCUUUCCUGGAUGCCUUGUAAGAACUUUGGCAUGCUGUAGGUACAGUAUAUUUUUGGAUGAAACUUCAUAGAAGUGGAUGUUACCACAUAGUCCCAAAACCCAAAUAAUUUAUCUCAUUUCUUACUUGCUGUGUCCAUAUAAUCUUUUUAUUAGCUAAAGCUCACAAGUAUGUUUGUGUUCUUUAUAAAGAAAAUAAUGAGAGAAAUGUGCAAUAUUUAUGUUUGAGAGCAAAGGGAGUAACUAAUUUGAAGAAAAAAAUUCAGUCAAGAGUUUUCUCAUACUGUAUGUGACAGGUCAUUAUAACCUGCAAAGGAGAGCAGUGAUGUGUGUUUUAGAAUGGUGAGAAACAACUUGUGGGAUUUUGUUGUUUUUUUUUUUUUUCCUAAUGCAGGUUGAGGUGAUUGGAAUUAUAGAGAAAUAAGAGGUUUUAUUUAAGUCACUGGGGUUUUUUUCCAUGUUAGAAGCCAGAUUGCUCAGUGCCCCACAGAUCUGCAGUUAACAAAUAUGUGAGAUAUAUGAUAAGGCACUGAAGUAUUCAUUGAUAUGUGAAAUAGGAGAUUCUAAAUAGAAGAGGACAAAAAGAGUAGGGUUUUGAGGCUUACAGGUAAUUCAGAAUUACGUUCCCUGGUUUUGCUUAUAUGGGUGGAAAUAGCUGUGACUUCCAGGGAAAGGAUAGAGUCACAGAACUGAGUAUUAUUUGACUGAUAACAGUUAUCAAAUUUACAUUUGCUGGCACAGAAAACCACCUCAGAUGUUUUCUAAAAAGGCCUAGAAUUGCACUUAGUUUUGUUUAUUUUAUAAAAUGAAAUGGGAAAUGUAUCUCCAACAAAUCCUAUUAAUUUAGGAAGCCUAAUGAUUCCGUCAGUAGAGGUGUGCAUGAUCAAACUUAAAAUCCUCAAGUGUGUCCACGACGUUUGACUGUGUUCCUUCCCUUUAAAGUCCUCAUUUGUCAGGUGAGCACACCAGGCUGCCAAGGGGAGGCUCAGUGGUUUUGCUUUCCCGGGACCUGCAUUCUGUUUCAGAAGAUGAGAGAAGGAAGAGGAGAGUGUAUCUCUCUGGAAAAAUUUUAACAGCAGUGUGAUUUCCCUGGCUCAUGCUUUCCCACAGAAUAAUGCCUUUUUAGGAUUAUUUCAAUAUUAAUUUUCUGAUGGCAGAACUGAAGAUAGCAGUCUGAUUCCAUUAAUUGGCCCCUAUCUGAACUGUGUGAAAUGGGUAUUUUAGUAAAAACCCUUAGUAUUUUCAGCGUAUUUCUCAGAGUAAGUAGCUGCUUUUCUAGUCUCAGUACGUUCAUUUACUGGUGGUCAGUUUGUAACAAACAUUUUUCAGGAUGCUAAAGCAAAAGCGGGAAUUUGUGAUGGUGAAGCUGGUGGUUGCAAAAAUUUUACUGUGACAAUUGUAGUGAUUUUGGGGGUUUAAAUAAAGGAUCAGCUUCCCCAUGUAAGGGAUGAUCUGACAGUUUAUGAGGGGCACUGUAGUACAGGGAAGACGUGGGCCCUUGUAAAAGAUCUUAAAAGAGUUUCUGGUUAGCACUGUCCAAGAUUUGCAUUUGCAUGAGAAGCAAGUGUGUCACCAUGUAGUCUAUCACAAACUCUCAUGGUCCUCUUUAAGGUGCUUUACUGCUCUUGUCUUACUGGCUUUCUCUGAAAAAAAUACAGCUUUGAUGUUUUAUAGCUGCAUGGAAAUGCCUCUUUCUUUUUUUUUUUUGAUACUACAUUUUGUUCUUUCGUUGCCUCCCCAAACAUCAGCUUGCCAGGCUGGCUGAGCAAAAUGAACAUUUUUUCUGUAGCUGCCUCUUUGCCCCUGACCUUGGUAGUGCCUGGAGUCCCAGCACUCUCUUCUUUAUUUGUCUCACCGGUGGUGGAAAAUUUGGCAACUACCCCUGUUCAGCUUCUUGCUGUGAUGUGCUACAGUCACAUUGUGCUUCUUGACCUUCAGAUGUUUGCAACUUAGCAAAGUUUAUUCCUCAACAGAGAACACCUUUAUAGUUUUCUCCCAAUUACUGACUUUUAAAAAUUAUUAUUAAAAUUAUCAUGAUAUUUUAUCUUGGUUUCUAAUUAUUAUUUCAGUGACAUCUGCUUGAGCCAUGUAGCUUCAAAUCUGGAUUCAUAUUGUGUGCUGCUGGAAUUAUUUUCAGGAAGCAUCAGUGGUGUUUUCAGACUUGAGACAAAGGGAUGAUGGAUGAUGGAGAGGACAGCAGGGCAGUGGAGUGAGAUAUGGGGAGAGACAGUGGUCAUGAGAGUGAACCUAGAAUAAGGCAAAAUCUGUGAGUGGAGAAAUGAGAUCAAAAUAAAACAUUGGCUUGGAAUGAAAAAAAAAAAAGAUAAAUAGGAUGUAUAAAAAGGCUGGGAAGUUCAUGUAGAUGGGGAGAUAUUUAUGCUGGUGAGAUAUAACACCAGAAAUUUCAGGCUGAAAAAAAAAAAAUCUUAAUACAGAGAUUUAUUUGAGGACUUCAUAAAGUACUUAAAUAUAUCUGGGUAUUCCUACCUGCUAGUCCAGUAAUUCUUCAGGAGAGGUGUUUCAAUCCUCACAGUGGCCUUCUGUGAAGCCUUCUGAAGGCUGGAGCAGUGUCCAUUGCACACAGUGGACUUUGGGGCCAUUUGAACACAUGCUGAAGAAAACAGCAGGAAAUUAAUGUACAGAGAACAUUCCUGCCUUCUGUAAGAAGAUGGCUUAGCUGAUUUAAUAGCUUUUUCUCAGUCUGUGAUUCCAGCAGCCAGGUUUGUGAUAUUUAUUUUAGUAUUCAUGUUCUUGCAGUCCUUUUUACAUUUCUCUGUUUUUCCCUGGCAGACAUCCCGCAGCUCCAUAAGUCUGGGGGAAGAGGAUGGUUAGCAUGUUGUUGCUGUGGGGAUUUGAGUCUUAACUCUCUGUGUUGUUAAUGCUGAGCAUAUAAUUUUUAAACUUGCAUGCUGCAGAAGCAGAUAAUUAUUUCCCCACUGCAUUUUAUCCUGUGGUUUCGGAAAGCAGUAAGUUUCAGAAUAUUAAAAGAAAGGAAAAGUUAGAAUUUGGGGGACUAUUGGAAAUGGAAAGAGAAAGAGGGAAUUAAUGGGUGUCAGUCUGGUUAUCAGUCAAGCUGGAAGGAGAUAGCUUGUUCUGUUGAACACCAAGAGGGUCAGUAGUCAGCCAAUCACUUAUGCAGGAAGAAAGCCAUAGACUGAAAGGUAAGGUUCAAAGACAUCUGGGUAUGUUCCUGAAAUGAGCUUGAAAUUAUCUUGAUAUUAAAUUAUACUUACUGAACCUGUGUGUUACAUAGAUGAUUUCUGUUUAGUGCAGGGCAUUUCUAUGACUGCUGUUCUUUUUUUCUUUUGUUUUUUUUUUUUUAGGAUCUGUCUUCCUUUUCCUUCCCAGAACUUCCUGCAACUUCCCUUCCUGGAACUUCCCGGAACUUCCCUUCCCUUUCCAUCUUGUUUUUAUGGUUUUGAUGUGUCUAGGGUUGGCACUGAAUGACUGUCACUAAGCAGAAGGCUCAGUGUUUGGAAGGGGAGUGUGCUGGCCGGGCCGGGUGCUGUCUUGGUGCUGGCCCUCGCAGCAGGGAGAUAGCAGAGAUGGUGGCCUGAGGGCACCAGCCCCACGCGCAGACAUGGCCUUCGCCCAGUCCCACAUCAUGGCAGCCAGGAGGCACCAGCACAGCCGGCUCAUCAUCGAGGUGGAUGAGUACAGCUCCAACCCCACACAGGCUUUCACGUUCUACAACAUUAACCAGGGACGAUUCCAGCCCCCACAUGUGCAAAUGGUUGAUCCGGUGCCCCAUGAUGCUCCGAAGCCUCCAGGAUAUACACGAUUUGUCUGUAUUUCUGAUACUCACUCAAGAACUGAUCCCAUCCAAAUGCCAUAUGGAGAUGUGUUAAUACAUGCUGGUGAUUUUACUGAGCUGGGACUUCCUAGUGAAGUAAAAAAAUUCAACGAGUGGCUAGGUAGCCUGCCCUAUGAAUACAAGAUUGUGAUAGCAGGAAAUCAUGAAUUGACCUUUGACCAGGAAUUCAUGGCUGACUUAAUCAAGCAGGACUUUUACUAUUUCCCCUCUGUUUCUAAGCUGAAGCCAGAGAGCUAUGAAAAUGUACAGUCUCUUCUAACAAACUGCAUCUAUCUUCAAGACUCUGAAGUGACGGUGAGGGGAUUCAGAAUAUAUGGCUCCCCUUGGCAACCUUGGUUUUAUGGCUGGGGCUUUAAUCUUCCACGAGGCCAAGCACUAUUAGAGAAAUGGAACCUUAUUCCAGAUGGAAUAGAUAUUCUUAUAACACAUGGACCACCUCUCGGUUUUCUAGACUGGGUUCCUAAGAAAAUGCAACGAGUAGGAUGUGUUGAGCUGCUGAACACAGUCCAGAGACGAAUACAGCCAAGACUUCAUGUUUUUGGACAUAUCCAUGAAGGUUAUGGUGUGAUGGCUGAUGGAACCACCACUUAUGUGAAUGCAUCUGUGUGCACUGUGAAUUACCAGCCACUUAAUCCGCCUAUAGUUAUUGACUUACCUACUCCAAGGAACACAUGAUUAUAAUGAGGAUUUAAAGUUGUACCCAACACAUAAGCAACUUUAUAUUGCUGGCUGAGAAUCCCAGUAGGGAACCAUUCAACAAAAAAAGCAAAAUUCUUCUUUUUCUCCCUGCUAGCUCUUCACAGAUAAAUUUAGAGUAACAAAAGUGGACAAGGAACAAAGACAUUUUGGUGCCAGAACCAGAUUAAAGACUAACAUUUCACCAUUAAAAUGUUUGUGAACACAGAAAAGUGAAUGCAUUCCAUAUAUAUAUAUAUAUAUAUAUAUAUAUAUAUAUAUAUAUACACACAUACAAAUAUACAUAUAUAUAUAUAUAUAUUUAUCUCUAGUAGGGGCCUUUGUACAUACUGUAUACUGGACUUAUUAAAAGAACAAUGUCUUUCAAAGAAAUGUUUCUUUAAGAAAGUUUACAGUUUAAACAUAAGUGUUUAGACUAGGAUUUCCUCAUUUCAGAUGUUUUUCAGUGAGCUUUUGGUAAAAUAAAAAUGAUGGUAAAGACGUUUUUCCGUAAUCAACAUGGCAAAUAUAAAAGAUGGUGCACAAAUGACCAGUCACAGGAGGAAAGCUAUUUCUCCAAGUCCUCCAGGUCUAAGUCUUUGCAUCUAUUCAAAACCAAUGCAAUACAGGCCCUAAUUCACUGUACUGAAAUGAAGUUUUACUACAUCUGGCAUUACAGAUGGCAAGGGAAAUGGUGCAUAUUGCCAGCAUGCUGUAAACAGCUCAGCAUUUAAGAAGGGAGACUGUGUUAAGUGCAGUAUAAACUCAGGAAUUUGUAACCUGGCCUCGCCUGUUUAAAAAAAAAAAGAAUGACAUUUCCCUUAAAAAAAAAAAAAGGAAGAAAAAAUAUAACUGUGUUUUCAUAUGGUAAAACAAGAUGUUAUUGUAUUUAAGGAAAAAAGAAAGAGAACCUGCAAAGAGCCCACCUAAUGAUUAGUAAUGGUAUUUUAAAUAAAACCUACUGGGACCAUUGGUUUAAAAACUGCUAAUAGGAUAUGCAGCCAAUUAUGAAAUUACUGGUUUGAAUUUAGCCCUGAGCAGGAGUGGUUAAAUGUCCUUGUGAUAAUUUUGUCCUUGGGAAACAUGGAUGUCAAGGGGAAGGUAUCAACCCAGGUGUAGUUCAAGCACUCCCUUUUGGGUGGCUGUGGGUACACAACAAAGUGUGCAGAGCAGAGGUCACCUCAGGGGACCUGGUAGUGCUGUUUGCCCACCCAUGGACACUGCUGAGAGAGGCUCAGCACAAACCCAGUAGAAACCCACCUGUUGAGCUGCUUUUGGGACCAGGCAAAGCAGGGGAUGUGUCAGGAGCUGGUUGGGAUGGUCCACAGCCACGGUACUGCCCGUGCAGCUCUCCUGCAGUGCUAGCAAAGGUAUUGAAGCUGCUGGGAUUUCAGUCCUGUCCUAGGCAGAAGCUUAAGAAUUGAUUACAAAGCCACCAAAAAAACCCCAGGGCUUCAGACAUGUCUUGCAAGAAAAUGUAUUUCUGCCUUGAACCAACAAACACAUCCUUUUGACUUGAUGGAGAUAAUUUAACUGCUGUAUUCCGAAUGUGGGCAUCCUGAACUUGGGGCUGACAGCAUCUAGGCGUUAAUCUUGUUCACAGACAUUGGGCACACCACAGCACUGCCAGCUCAGAGCUGGUUGCAGAUCUGUGCAUAGCCCACACCUGCACACAUGCAUUGGAGAAUCGUGUGUGUUAUAUGGAUGUAAAUGUGAGUUUUACGUAGCAGCUGCAUGUACAUUAUACAAAUAAUUUAAAAUACCUGUGUUGCCAAAUCAGGCCAUGUGAGCCUCAACUCUCGGCAAGGUGGGCAUAAACUCUGCUUUUCACUGGCUUCCCAUGUGCAGCAGCUCUUCCAGGUGCUGCCUGGAGCCAAGACAUUCAGGCCCAGUAACUGACUCAUGCUGUGGACCCACAAGAAGCCACUAGACCCCCAAAAAACAUGACAAGUCACAGGUCUGUAAUUUCUGGUAAUCUGUUGGGUGACUGUGUGUCUAAACUAAUGUGCUGGGUUUAUUUUACUGAAAAUGAAACCCAAAACAGUAGGUGACACCUGAAACUGGAUUUUGGGGGAGUGGUUCACAAGUGCAUGAGCAGUCUGUCAUUAAUUCAGAUGGGGCCACUUUUGUCAGAGCUACUGGUGUAGAAAUUUCAGGAUCAGCUUAUAAAUCAGUAAGAACUGAAAUUCAUAGUUGAAUAUGAACUCCUAUCAUCAUUGGGAAGAUGAACAAUAGCAUGUAGUUAGAAUAAAAGUGGCUUAUCUAGUCACAACUCAAGUGGUCUACAAAAAAUGUGGCAGGAAAUUGGCUGUAUGUUAAAGUCUGAAAUGUUUACAUUCGCUCACGGCACUUAAAUGUUGAAGUGAAGGGAACAGGUCCUUUUAUUAGCCUCAGCAAAAUUUCUAUGUCAACCAUAAAAUAUUCUCUUAAAAAUAAUUUUUCCUAAGGUAUCUUCCAAAUACUGUGUAUUUUUAUGUGGAAAGGAUAUUAAAGCAACUGUUACUUCAAAAUAUCAUUUAAAGUACUUGAGGUAUGAAAGCUUAAAGAUUAUUUAAUCAUUUUGGCAUAACUUGAGUGUUGUAAUUUUUGGUCAAGCAUGUUAGACAAAUAAAGUCUUAAAAAAACCAAAACAACACACAACAAAAAAUAAGGCCUCUUAAUGUGCAGCUCAUGUGAUCAGCUCCAUGUUGGAAUGCCUGCCAUCUUCUCCAGGGGUAGGAGCCAGGCUGUGGGACAUUAAAGUUGUUAUGGAGGGGGGUCAGCAGAGGGUACCCUGCUCUGUCCCCCAGCUUCCAGCCACCACAUCUGCAGAGGGUAAUGAGCUCAAGGUUUGGGUUGCAGAGAGAGGGGGAAACAGCAACCACUGCCUGCAAUGGAUGUAUUUUGGUGGGAGAGUAUGCCAGGUGAGCCUGAGAGGCAGGGAAAAGCUACCAUGAGAGUGCUGCAGCACAGCUCUGGAGAGGUCAGGAACUGGGAUGCCAUCUUUUGGGAGUGGGCAGCUGUUGGGGGAAGGAGAGUUCCUGCUCUGAUUUGGGUGUCAGGACACAUUUUCACAGAGAGGGAGUUUAAGGCCAGGUGAAUAUUUUUAUUUUAACUUUGUGGGCACAGAAAGACCUGAGUUCCUGAUCUACCUCAGAUGAGGGAGGCCAUGAAAAGGAAGAUUUCCACAAAUCCGGCUGUGCAGUUGUCAGCUCUAUUUAAAUUUGGGAUAACCUCUCAAGUAAUUUCCUGCCCCACCUUCCCUUUGCUGACCUUCACUGAUAUUAUCCAGAUAGCAGUGUUCCUGAAGGAAGGUGUGCUGAUGUGUAUCACUAAUACGUGCAUUCCCAUCACCAGGCAGAAUUUUGGCUGAGAUUAAUUCUGGUUCAUUUCAGCAAUGAAUCGGGGAGAUAUCACUGCACAUCAAUGAAAAAAAAAGAUGACAAGAUUAUUUUUACCUCUCUCAGUCACAUAUGGCUGAGGAUGUGAAAUGUUCUUUGACUAGAGAGAAGGCACAGACUGGAACUCAGCACCCACCCAAGCAGCUGCUUUUGGUGCUCCAGGAAGGAUCAAAAACCCUGUCUCAGUGUCAUGCUGGGGACACAGCAGGUGGGAAGGUGCUCUGGUCUUGCUGCAGGAGGGAGCCAGAAGCGGUAAGAAGUGGUUUGUCUUUCCAGUCACUGACUGCUGCCUACAGUCAAUACAAAUACUUUAGAGGAAGGAGGAAUGAGACAUCCCUUAGAAGGCAAUUUUUGGAAUAAUCUGCCCAUGCGGACCUUUGCCCCCAUCCCAUUUAUUGCUGUUUGUGUGAAAAUUUCUCUCUUAAAAGCUAUAUUACUGCUUUCUGCUCAAGUAACUCACACAGAGCAAAUAUAACUGCAAAUCGUCUUUCCUUUCACAGGUAUGUUCUUGUCUCUUUCUUGCAAGUCUCUCUGCAUCUGCAAUUUUAGUGAUAUUUUGGAACAGGGAGCACCCUGGAUGAUUAUGCAGAGUGCAUUAGAACAACAGUAUUUCUCUUAUCCUUGUAUGUGUGGUGCUGCUUGGGUUUAUUGACUGUCCCUUUGUUCUCUUUUUAUGUGCAAAGUGAAAAUAGGAGUACUUAUAUGCACCUCUUUUGUGCCAUUUGUUAUUUUGUAUAUUGGCCAUUAUGUUGCUUUUUACUCAAUUCAUCUAGAAAUUAAAAUAAUUUUGAUUCUA